AUGGCAUCUGCAUCACCAUUCAAUUCUCAUUCACGCUUGGCCGAUGACAAGCCGGCGUUUACCUAUGGCACAGCUUGGAAGAAGGAUCAAACGAAGGUUUUAGUCAAAGAUGCGAUCAAGCAAGGCUUUCGACGUGUCGACACAGCUGCACAGCCCAAGCACUACCAGGAACACCUAGUGGGCGAGGCGCUGCGGGAGGCGUACAGCGAAGGAACGGUGUCACGAGAAGGUGUCUAUGUGCAGACGAAAUACACCACGCCAGCCGGACAGGAUCUGAACAAAAUGCCAUACGAUCCAAAUGCGCCGCUGGGGACUCAAAUACACACCUCAGUCGCUUCAUCACUCAAGAACUUGCGGCCAACGCAGGCAGAGGAAGGAUCGUACCUCGACUGUCUGCUUCUGCAUUCACCAUUACCAACGCUGGAGCAGACACUCCAAGCCUGGAGGUUGCUGGAGACCUACGUACCGCACCAAAUCAAAGCACUCGGCAUCUCGAACGUCACACUUCCCGUCCUGCGGGAGAUCUACAACACAUCAACAGUCAAGCCUUCAGUCGUUCAAAACCGUUUCUAUGCACAGACUCAAUAUGAUAGUCCACUACGAGCGUUCUGCAGAGAGCAUGGCAUUAUGUAUCAGUCGUUCUGGACGUUGACAGGCAAUCCCAAGCUGCUCAAGUCAAAGCCUGUCGUUGAGCUGGCACAGGCUGCACAGGUUUCGGUACCGACCGCAUUGUAUGCGCUUGUAAUGGACCUUGGUGUUGAAGUGCUCAACGGGACUACGUCUGCGGUGCAUAUGCAAGAGGAUCUUGAAGGUAUUCAGAAAGUGCGCGACUGGGCGACUUCGAACCCGCGGCAAUGGAUCCAGGCUCGCGAGGGAAUGUGUGCUCUGGUAGAGCCUGGCCACUUCUAG